AUCAGCGGAUCGGUCGACUUCGGGAGCCUAACCGCCCUUAUGGGGCCCUCCGGGUGCGGAAAGUCUACUCUAUUAAAGUGUAUUAACGGCCGAAAUAUGGAGGGCUUAGACUCGGGCACCAAAGUCUACCUGAGCUCAGCGAAAAAAAUCCGUUCCUGUUUUAUAGUGCAGGACAUCUCGGAGCAUCUGUGGGUCGGGUUGACUGGCAUCCAGUCCCUCACGUAUGCCUCGAAGCUGAAGAAUGUCAGAGAGCACCAGGAGGUGAAUCACCGGAAGUACGCCCGAAAACUGCUGUCCGACCUCUCGAUAGGCGACACCGAGGGUACAAAUAUGGAGAACUGUUCGGGCGGUGAGCAGAAACGGCUGGCCAUUGCCCAGGAGCUCAUGGCCCUCAGGAAGCCUAACCUCAUGUGUAUAGACGAGCCCACGAGCGGUCUGGACAGCAAUGCCGCCGAAAUUGUAGUACAGGUGCUGAAAAGCGUCGCCCGGCAGCACGAGAUCGCGAUCGUCACGAGUAUCCAUCAGCCAAACAACGACACUCUCAUGCUUUUCGAUGGGGUGUAUGUGUUGGCUAAGGGAGGCCUAUGCGUGUACUCCGGGCCCCCUCAGGAGGUGCGCGCCCACCUAAGCGCGGCUCAGUUUGAGUGUAAUGAACACCAGGUGCCCAUUGAAGUGCUGCUGAGAAUAGCCUCCAAAUACGGUGCAAGUCUCCAGAGGCUGUCCCACCAGUCCAUGAAAGCCAGGAGUGAGCUGAGGCUCCGGUGCCUCGAGGAGGGCCACCUGGCGCCCAAUGGGGUCGUCAACAAGGGGAACGCCUUUCAGUUGCGGCAAAUGUGGUAUCUAUUGGGCCGGACGAUGACCUGUCAGCUCCGGUCCCAAUGGAAAGCCAUGUUCGCGCAGUUCCUAUUCAUACAGACAAUGGGUUUCCUAGUGACCCGUCUGUACAACAAACACGUCGGCGAAACGGACGGGUGUUUCUCAUUAGCCCUGAGCGCCAACGCCAGUUGCGUGAAGACCGUGGAGGGGCUCCGGGAGGAGAACCUACUGUCCCAGAACCUCCGGUACCUGUACUUCGUGGGCGUAUUGAUCAUGGCGUUGAUGUCGAUAUCGACGGUCCUCUUGUUCUCAUCGGAGAUCAAGAUCUUUAUGAACGAACGCAUGAAUGGUUGGUACAGCACCGGCUCCUACUUCCUGGCUAAAAAUAUCGCUGAAAUUCCCACUUUCGUGGUGAUUGUCACCAUAUAUGUUAUCAUGGUCUACAAUGUCAUCCCACAAAUCGAUGACAACCGGCGUUUCGUAGGCUUUCUGGCGGUGCUUUUAGGCGGCGCCUUUAGCGGCCAGGGCCUCGGCUUU